GGUGGAAGAGAGACGGAAGACCGCGGUGAAAGACGAGUUCAGUUGGUGGGCAGACGAGUCACAAGUCGGGUCGUCCUUGCCACUCAAGAGACAGGUGCUGAUGUUCGAAAAGAGAAACCGUCUCGAUUUGACUGUCUGCCAGAAUAGGUUUUCAUCUCCAAAUUACGUCAUUCUGUUUAGACGUUGGCUCAAAAACAAAAGGAUACUGUCUAGUCUAGUUGAUAGAACGCGAUAAAGGAGAAUAGGUACGAUUUCAUUUGUCUUGAGAGACCUAGUCUUUCGGUUUCGUACCCUUCCCAAGUUGUGUUAAAGAGAAGAAAACACAAAGGGGGGAAUUGGUAACCUUUUUUUCCCCAAUUUGCUCGUUUACUUAAAGCGGUUCGUCUGUGGUGGGCGUUUCUUUCGACUCACCUUCUAAUAAACUUCAACAUGACACGUGGAACAGAUCCAAGCUCAACGUGGGUCCAUUACACAGGCGAGCCUAUCGGCCCUGUCGGUUCAAACCGCAGCGACGGCCAUCGAGUCAAGUUAUUCGAAGAAUCAGUGACUUUCAUCGCUCAAUUGCAUCCGGAGGAUCCCGACGGCAUGGUUCCCCCACUCGACAGGACCUGGAUGAUUGGCGUAUGGCCCGUUGAUGUCUACCAGAUUCCGAUCGUUAUUGGCAUUUCAUCCGGCGUGCUAGUUCUUUUGCUCUCUAUUGCCGUACUCAUUGCCUGGCGCUGUUGUCACAUCCAUCGUCUUCGUGAGAAAGCUUUUGCAAUCAACGACGAAGGACGAACACCCGUUAUUCAUUCUCCUUCAACUAGCAGCUAUCCGUCAAUGUUAGCAAUGUCAAUUUCGCCUUCGAAGCCAGCUAGUCCGUCUCUGGCGGCACGGAAUCAGUUGGCAUCGAAUUCCUGCGAGUUGGUGCGAUUGACAACGACCCCUAGUAACGUGAGCACAUCAACGACGGCCCUGACUGUUGACGACGACUUGCAACAUCAGACAACAGUUGAACGUCACAGUUGCGAAGAUAUGUCAUUGGUUGGAUGUGGCAAUUAUAUCGCCUUUGACAUUCCCAGCUUCUACGAAGAAUCCCUUAACUCGUCUUCCUUGAGUACAUCGAGCAACGCUGUUUUGGAUGGCUCCUGGUCCAAUUGCGAAGGAUCCCUCAACGAGCUAAAGACACGUUCACUGCCAUCUUGGGCACGUAAUAAGCCCCCUAUUCGGCCUGUCCAGCCAAGCGGCCGCCCUGUCAUUCCCACCCAGAAAAAUGAGUCGGGCCGUAGCGUUGUACCUAUUAUUGGUGUGAAACGUUCUCACCGGGGCCUUCGUCACGAUGCAGCCACUGCGAUGGCGCUGAAAAAGACGAAGGCAUCGACUGUUCCAGGCAAUAAUGACACGUUGCCGGGACGUGUAUCACUAGUUAGCCACAAUGAAGCUGUGAUCGUCUUCAACGAGCGAACUGCCCUAUAAGAAAAAAAAAUAUUUGACAAAUGAAUAAGAAAAACAACUCGUUGCCAAACUGAGCCAUUAACAAUUGUUAAUGGUUUCGCUAACUUUGCUUCCCAGCAAAAGAGGACUCCACUGCCAAACGACAGAACAAUUCGAACAAAUCGAUUUUGUGUUUUAAAAGAAACAGGAACCGUUCGUCCCUUUCUUUAUUUCUAAUUAGGCUAUUGCGUCGAUAUUAUCUUCUUCAAAACUUCAAACUGUUGGGUACCACUUAAAAAGAUAGUUUCCGUUUCCUAUAUACUUUCCCACCUGCUCAUGUGUCUCGUCUUGUUUUCUCUUUCCCCCCAUUAAUUUUUUUUCUCUUUGUACAACCUUCAUGUUUUCCGAUAUCACUGUUUUUACAUCGUUUUAUACAGAAAUGGAUACACUUAAUUGGAUGGAU